UAAAAACCCAUAUAUACGCAUGUUUAUCACAACGCAAUAUCUCUUCCUCGGUUCUUCUCGCCUGCAACAAUAAAUUGGUGAAAACUUGAUUUAAGAAAAAAAGAAUCUGAGGCUUUCUGAUUUUGUUUCAACUGUAGAUCCUGUACCAGUUAAUUUAUCUCUACAGGGAUAUUGAGAGACACAGCCCAAGCAAAAACUCAUCGAUAUUAACAACGCGGUAUGAAGAUGUUUUAUUCUCUCUAUUUUGCUGCCUUUCUUCUCGGGUGCGUAUCGUCUGCACCAAUAUCAUCUUCUCUCUGGGAAACGCCCUGCCCCCCUGAUAAACUGAGUUGUGAAAAUGGUACAGAUAUCGGAUUGGUUGGUUUCGAGUUUGGCAGAUAUACCCGGCUAGAGCAUUCCAAACAGGGCACCUACAAAGACCUCGUAUGCUACCCGCAGAACUUCUGCUCCAUGCGAUGGCUGAAGGACGGCCUUCCCUUCCCGUGGGCGUGGUCUGUGGAUAUGGGCGUGGCACAGGGCGUUUGUAAUUCGACGCUCAUGUUCCGGAGGGUGGGGCUUGAGGCGGCGGGCGUGUACACGUGUGAAGUGACGGGUGCAAAUGGAACAGUGAUUUCCAGAAACAUCACCCUGAGAGUGAAAGCUACUCCGCCCCCAGCUCCGCCCAUUGUUGUCGCCGGGGAUCUUUGCGCCAAUCACACGGCAGAGCUCGGGUCAAAUGUCACCUUCCGUUGUGAGAUCUAUGUGGGUGAGGAUGUUAUGGCCAACAGCUACUCGUAUUGGCUAAUGGAAGUCACACCCGGAGAAUGGGACCUCCCAGACUAUGUAGAUCUGAACGGGACGGUCAUUCAUGCCAAUAAAGAAAAUAACGUGAGGCCCGGCUACAUGAUGUCCGAACUUCAAAUUUUCAACGCAUCGCACGAGACCUUCGUUAGAUAUGAACUACACGUCUCUACCAGCAGGAUGAACUCCGUAACCAAUUUUCACUUGCAACCGCCUAGUUCCCCUAUUCCAAACGAAAACAUUGGAGACUCCGACAACAAUUGCGAAUCGAAUGAUGCCUACGCAUCUACCAGAGAAGGCUCGUCCUCGUCGUCCUGGAAAACAUUAGGCAUCGUCAUACUGUGUGUACUCGGUGUCGUCGUCGCCCUCGUCGUCAUCGUCGUAAUUGUGUACAUGCGACGGCUAAUAUCAUCUAAAGUCAAGGCACAUUGUGAAUAUCAUAAACCUAAAUUCGACAUGACUGCUUGAUAGGUUUGUAAAGUAUUGAAUACGAUCGAAAAGAUCUUCAAAAAGUCAUCAUAUUAGAGGUUUCAAUGGCCUCGUUCAUCACCUUGUGCGAAUACUACAAUGAACCGUUUCAUAAUGAACGUUUCCAUGGAUAGUACCAAUGGCGUAGCGUAAUUACAUCCAUUGAGGGGCGCUGGCACGACCGGGGGGGGGGCACCCCUGUCUUACUCGGAAAAUGAAAUGAAAAUUCACAAGGCCACUACUCCUACUACUUCUAUCUAUAUUGUUGAUUUUAUUAUGAGGAUGCGGGAGGCGGUCUAGACGUCUUCUCUUCUCGCCCUUCCCCUUCUCACUAUUCCUUUCUCGCCCCUCAUUUCUUUUAUUUUUUAAUCACUUAAUAUGGGUGCCCCUGUGCCCCCACGCUACGCCGCUGGUUAGUACAAUAGGGUAUUGUAAUUUCCCGUUUGCUGAUUUCUUGAAAAUCUUUGCGAUCGUGUUAAUUCGCUUGUACAUCCUCAAAGAUAUUGGGGUAAAAUUCUUCCUGCAAAAAACAAAUGAACAAACAAGCGAUCAGCCUCAUGGCUGGACGAGUUUAUACGUUCACCGUUAUUAUAACAAUAUAAUUAUGAAGACAUGCACCAUAUUGGUGUUCGUACUUUUCUUACUUACUUAGUAUACGAAAUAUUUGUAUGAUUGUGUAUUGAUCAGUACCUUUUAGAGAGAAAAAUAAAGAAAAAAUUCAGGAAGGAGUAUAACAUAAUUUUUGAAAAUGUUUGUAUUCAUUUGAAAGAGGAGAUUUAAUUUAGGCUAUUGUCUGUUUGGAGCUAAAAGGGAAUUACGUUAUACCAUUAAUGCAUUAUCUUUUAAGAUAGACUUAACGCACUUCUGGCUCCAAACACAUGCUAUUUAGUCUGUCA